CCAACCCCUCCUCACCCAGAAGCGGGAAGCGGAGACAACCUUUGCAUUCGUGAUUCUCCUUGUGUCCUGCAUGUCAGCCUCGUAUUUGUUGUCGGCCGAGUCCCGGUCCGGACUGGCCCCAGCGUGGGCGAUUCUGACCUUACCAAGCAAUCUGGGACACGGAGCAGCUCUAUCAGCACACGCAGAUGGUUGCAUUCGGCUGUGGAUGCCUCUCCCUUCCGGGAAUGCUGCACUGCUUGCGUCAAUCCCACAUGCGAGCGCAAGAGGGGAGGAUGAAGCGCAACGAGGCAUAGGGAUCGGGGUGGGCUUCUUGACCGGCCAUCAGCUGAGCGAAGAGGGUGAUGGUUGGGGAGUGCUCUCCAGUGCGAUGGAUGGAAGUAUAAGCUACUGGCGUCUUGAUCUUCAGAAACUACUUCAGGCUGGAGAGGAAGCUGUGCAUGGCGAUGAGCAAGGCGCCGCGAGUCAUCACUCAUCGGCGACUGCACAACAGCGUCAAACCGACCUUCUCACUCUCGUAGCGGGCGUCGAGGCCCUGGCAGCUCCGUUUCCGGACGGUGAAAAAUCGAUGGAGGCGUACGCCACCGCUGUAUCUCCCACCGGCGAGUCUUUCUCCGCGUCUGGAGAAGGGACCAUCGGGAUGUACGAUCUCGGUCGAUCAGGUUCAGCUGCACAGGUCGCAAAUGACGAGUCGACAGCAUCAGGUAGCUUCGCACGUCCGAGAAGGCGAAUAGCUUUGCCAGAAAAGCCACGAAACUACACCAAAAAUAGGAAGAAUUUCGGCACUUGCCUAGCUUAUAAUUCAAGCGGGGCUUUGCUAGCUUGCGGCACCGAUUCUGGCCAAGUUUUCGUCUACUCUGCGGAUGCAGGGACUUUGCUCGCAACGAUCUCUGAUCAUGCGCUGCCCAUUCGCUUCGUGUCUUUCUCCGCAUCAAUGCCAGGCAGUCCCACGACGGAUCACCUUCAUGUCUGUUCGGAGGAUCAAGCCUUGACACUACAUGAUGUCAUGCACCUUUCCAAUCGCGCGACCGCUCUGCGCGCUCGACCGACCUCUGCAAUGGAUAUAGAUCAGGAGACGCAAGCCAGCACUAUAGUCGCCAACCUUCGCCAUCCCGGUUGGGUUACGAGUGCCGCGCAGGGUCCUCUCUUGGCAAGCACCUCAACGGAUGGAAGCGUGCGCUUGUGGGAUACGGGCUCAGGUGGACCUCGUCGAAUGGUUGCUCAACUUCGCGAAGGCCCCAGAGUCUGGGCUUGUGCCUGGACAACCACUUUGGAGGCGCAGCAACGCGCCGGAAGAAGAGCACUGGACCGAGAUCAUGUUCCGGAUCUCACGUUGCUAUUGAGUGCGGGUGAAGAUGGAUGUGUCAGGUGGUAUAGACCUGCAGGUACGGGACAAGGUCCGGAUGGCACCUGAAUAAAGAUCUGAUUGACCUCAAAUGCCCAAUUUUGAGUGUCCUGCUCUGACUUCAGGCCCAGCCGAGCUGCCUGUCCUGCUGUAGCUGUGCGAGCACGUCCGCAGAAAGCUGCAAAGCUGCGAGCUCUCUUGCCUGGCGACAAAUCCAAGACGACAUCCAUUCAAGAU